UUCAAAGUGCAUUUUCUAAAAUUAAAAUUAAAAAUGUUGCCCCAUACCCAGCCCCCUCACUUCUUUCUUCUUCACCAUGUCUAGCUCUUCAAUGUUUAUUUUUCCCUUUCCAUAUUUUUCAAAUGCGUUCACCGUUCGAACUCCUUUUAUCGUAACUCUCAAAUCACCGUCAAAGCUCCAUUACUAGAUUCUCUAAAACACCAACAAACAACUGAGUCACCACUUCACCAUCACUUUCUUCCUUAAAACACUAUUAAUAGCGAGCUUUAAAGUUCUUAGAGGGAGCAACUAAACAACAACAAUCAGUCUGUUUCUCUUCCUUUCGCAUCGGUAAACUCCAACGCGGGAGAGAUAAAGGAUUUGCCAUCACUGCCUUCGUCUUCAAAAAAAUCAAAAAGCAAAAAGAUCAUUGAUUCUUCCUCCGUAAAGUCCGCAUUUACAUCAUGGAUUAAUGGUUUGUUCAACAUUUGAAGAACCUGAUUGUAUUGAUUUGGUGCAAUGUAUGGAACUGAGCCAACUCCAAAUCCUGGAUUAAUACCAAAAUACUGUGGCAUCUGAUUUGUAAUCCCUCCACUGAAUUGCUGCAUCUUGGACAUAGGAUUCAAGUAACCAUCAUUCAUACCUCCUGGAAUGUGAGGAUGAACUCCAGAAUCUGAUGUCACAAGAAAUGGACUGCUGCUGCUGAUUCUAUGUGAAUAUUUCUAUUGUAUUCAAAGUUGAAAUCUUUGUAAAAAAGUAAAACCUUGAAGUUGUGUGUUUAUUGAGCUUUUUUGCAUAUUUGGGGUUUUGUUGUGAGGAAUUAAGUAGUGGUAAACAGAUGGGGGAAGAUUUGAUGACAAGUUUGUCAAUUGAUAAUUAUCAAUUAUCUACAUUCUUGUCUAUGGAUUCAAAUGCAAUUGCUGCUGCUGCUGCUACCUCUAAUGAGGAAUCAGACAGAGAUAUGAAUAAGGAGAUUGUGAUUUCGAGGCCACCGGAUAUUAAUCUCCCGUUAUGUAUGGAACGUAGCCCUACUCCUCGUCCUCCUCCACCACCUCUAUCUUGGAAUCAUGACUUGUUUGAUAUGAUGGAGAUUGGACUUGGAAACCAGAUUAAUGAAUGUUUUGAGCUUCUUGACUUGCCUAAUGUUGGAAGGAAUUGUGAUAAGAGAAUGGAUAGUGUUUGGGGUGCUUGGUUUUUCUUUACGUUUUACUUUAAGCCUGUUUUGAAGGAGAAAUCUAAGUGCAAAGUUGUUCGAGAUAGUAAUGGGGUGUCGGGAUUUGAUAAGUCUGAUCUCCAGCUUGAUGUGUUUUUGGCUCAGCAUGAUAUGGAGAAUAUAUACAUGUGGGUUUUCAAGGAGAGGUCUGAAAAUGCGUUGGGGGAGAUGCAGUUGAGGAGUUAUAUGAAUGGACAUUCGAAGCAGGGAGAGCAUUCAUUUCCAUUUAGUGUUGACAAGGGGUUCAUCUGUUCUCAUAAAAUGCAGCGUAAACAUUAUAGAGGCCUCUCCAAUCCGGUGUGUUUGCAUGGAAUUGAGCUUGUCCCAUCACCCAAUUUAUUGUGUAUUGAUGAGGAAGAGCAGAAGAAGUGGAUGGAACUUACUGGUAGGGAUCUCAAUUUUUCAAUACCACCAGAAGCUAGAGACUUCAGUUCAUGGCGGAACCUUCCCAACACAGAUUUUGAGCUUCAAAGAUCGAUCCCUUUGCCAAAGAGCAAUUCUCAUCUUCCUUCAAAAAAAUUGCUUAAUGGUUCUAGUCUUAACUUGUCAACUCGACCAUCAAACCAUGUGAACAGCAAUGGUUUAGAGCUCUCAUCUGAUUGUGGUAAGAAAAGGAAAGACUUCUUUUCUCAUGGAAGUGAUGAAGAUUGUUUCUUGUCGGCUAAUCCCAGUUUAAACAGACAUCAAGAUGGACAACCACACACUAUUGCACCACAUUGGAUGAAUGAGUUUUCAGGGGUAAUGAAGGAUGUGUAUGGGCCAGCCGUUGCUGCAAAAGUUAUAUACGAGGACUCGGAAGGAUACGUGAUUAUGAUCACUCUACCUUUUGUUGAUCGUGAAAAGGUGAAAGUUCAUUGGUGGAACGAUACUAGUCAUGCCAUUAUAAAAAUAACAUUUGUGAGCACGGCAUGCCCCCCAUUCAUGGUGAGAAAUGGUAGAACAUUCAAGCUAACUGAUCCAUCUCCAGAGCACUGCCCUUGCGGUGAAUUCACUAGGGAAAUCUCACUUCCAACUCGAAUACCUGAUGAUGCAAAGCUAGAAGCAUAUUUUGACACGAGUGGAGCUGUACUUGAAUUGAAAGUUCCCAAAUAUGGCACAACCCCAGAAGUGCAUGAAGUUCCUGUUUCUCUUCGACCUCCAAAUGAGUUCAUGUUGUCAUGAGCUAGGUAUUGAUUGCAGAAAGUGUAGGGUACAGUCAGGUUUUUAGCGGGAAGUUCAAUCAUUGUUGAAUUGCUACUCAGUCAAGGGCCUCACGUAUGAUGAUAUCACCUUAUUUAGAUCCUUUGCUGCUGCUCCUUUAAGGCUGUUCUGAUGCACUGCUGAGUCGAGUACACUGUGAUGCAGAGCGAAGCAUGCUGUUGUAAGUUCACAUAUAUGUAGCCAUUUUUAAUGAGUCAAGUCUAUAGGAAAAAAGAAAUGAUAAUCUUUGGUGGUCUGAAUUACAAUGAGCCAUUCUGUUACUCUAGGAAUAUGAAGACUCUGUUUCCGGCCUAGUGUUUUCAGACAACAAAAUCUACUUAUUUUCUAAAGUUGUCGUUUCUAACGUUACAUAAUGCAAUAAAGCAUCUAUCCUAUGUUGCAAUGUAUAUGUAAUGUACAAUGCUAUCUAUCCCGAUAAGAGGAUGAAGCAUGACGCAUGAAAGCAAUCGAAGGAAGGAGUAAAUAUGUUCUAUUUUCCCAAAUCUAGCUUUGCUUGACUAAAGAGUAGGCUAUCCCAGAUAGACGUUCCUUUAUUAUCACCAAGGAUUAUCCCAAUCAUUAAAGUCAUAUAUUUGUAAUUGUAUCCCCAUAUUUAGUUUUUAAUCUGGUUAACUGAAGCAUUAUGGUUUUGACAUAACUCAGAAAAAAAAGCUAUUAAGUAACUGCACCACUGUUUUAGUAGAGGAUAAGAACAACAUAAGCUUUCUUCAAUUCUAUAUUGAAAAGCACAUAACAAUUUAUCAACAACAAAAG